AUGGACAACCCUCUGCCAUCGCCGGCGCCGGAAACGAAGUCGACGGACGACUACUCGGACAUCGCAUCGGACGCGUCCGAGGGCGCAGAGAAGGGACGGAAGUACCAGCGGGGCGGGCGCAAGACGUCGAGUACCGAUACCACGGCCGAGGAGCUGGAACUGCUGCAGGGCUGCUCGCCGGAGAACGACGACGAUGAGGAUGAAGAAGAAGAAGGAGAAGAAGAUGGAGACGGAGACGGAGACGGAGACGGAGACGCAGGGCAGGACCCCGAGCCGGCGGUCCCUUGCCCGUACUGCGCGGGAAAGGGCGCGCCCGCGGUGCUGAAAGAGCGGAGAGCGGCGGUCCAGAAGGCGCCGGCCGAGGAGCCGUUCGACACGGGCAUCCGCGCCUUCAACAUCCGGAAGGCGACGGGCGGCGGGAGGAGGCCGGUGAGCAUACGAAGGCCGUCGUCGAGGAAGAAGUCGCAGGCGCAAGCGCAGGCGACGAAGGGGCGAGAGAAGAAGAGGGAGGUGCAGCGCAACGCGAAGGAGGAGGAGGGGGAGGAGGAGGAGGAGGGUGGUGGUGAGGAGGGUGAUGGUAACGAGGCGGAAACGGAAGAUGACGGCUCGAAAACCAGGAAGGGGGGAAAGAAGGCGCGCGAGGCCCCCGGGGCGGGCGGCGCGGGCAAACCGAUGUCGAUACGGUUGGAUCUCAACUUGAUGGUGGAGGUUUUCUUGAAGGCGAAGAUACAAGGCGAUGUGACGGUCACGUUUUUGUAG